AUGGUCAACCUGGGGACAUCCAAUGCCGCCGCACCAGCCGCCGCGCCCAAAUUCGAGCAUGUAACGUGGUACAAAGAGCCGCAUUUGCGGCGGCUUUACUUCCUCAGUUUCUUCCUGCUCAUCGGGUCUGCGACCACGGGCUUUGACGGCAUGCUCCAGAACACCUCGCAGCAGAUGGACUAUUGGAAGUCCUAUUUUCCCGAGUAUAACGACCCGAACAAACUGGGAAUCCUAAUCAACAUGUACAAUAUUGGCUCUAUCAUUGCGUAUUUCAUCUCGCCGUAUAUAGUCGACACUUCAGGCCGGAGGCCAGCCAUUAUGGCAGGCUGCUUUUUCAUGAUCGCCGGGGCGUGCCUAACGGCAUCUGCUCAGAAUUUCGGGAUGUUCAUUGGAGGACGCUUUGUCCUUGGUUUCGGCAACGCGCUAUCACAAAUUUCCUCUCCGAUGCUUCUGACCGAGAUCUGCCACCCGCAGCACCGUGGACCUUUAACGACAGUCUAUAACUGCCUUUUCAGCGUUGGAGCCCUAUUUGUCUCGCUGGUCGGCUGGGGUGUCGCAUCUAUACCUAGCAACUGGUCUUGGCGCUCCAUUACCUUCAUGCAAUGCCUUCCAUCCGUCAUUCAAAUCACAGGCAUCUGGUGGGUACCAGAGUCUCCGCGUUUGCUCGUUCAUAGGGAUCGUUCCGAGGAGGCCCUCGCCAUGCUGGUGAAGCAUCAUGGCGGCGGUGACCCAAAUAAUGCCACUGUCCUAUUCGAGUAUCGAGAGAUGAAGCAAGCCAUCGAAGAAGCCCGCACUAGCAAGGGUUCCGCUAGCUACUUCGACUUCCUAAAGACGAAGGGAAAUAGAUGGAGGCUGGCAAUAGUCAUCUCAUCCGGCGUCAUAUCGCAAUACUCAGGGAAUGCCCUUUUUUCUAAUUAUAUUGACGUAAUCUAUGAUGGCGCUGGAAUCACAGAGCAGAACAAGAAGCUAGCGCUAUCAGCGGGCAAGACCAUAAUGGAUACGAUCAUUUCCAUCACAGCAGCACUUUACGUCGAUAGAAUUGGCCGGCGACCUCUAUUUCUUACUGGCAUUUUUGGUAUGGUCGUUGCCUUUGCUUGCUGGACCGUGUGUGGCGCAAUAUACGAGGAGUCUGGUGUCGAAGGCUCCGACGGUACAAUGACCUAUAACAACACUGCGUCAGGGUACGCCCAGGUGGCUUUUAUCUGGCUAUUUGGAGCGUUUUACGAUAUCGGGUUCGGAGGCCUUCUCGUUUCGUAUUCGCUUGAGAUUGUACCAUUCCACCUCCGCGCGAAAGGUCUCGUCAUUCUCAAUCUUACGAUACAGAUUGUUCUUGCCAUUGGGAACCAAACGAAUAAGGUUGCUUGGGAGAAUCUUCCCCAUCACUGGAAUUUUAUGCUAUUCUACACCAUUUGGGACUUUUGCGAGCUCAUCUUCGUUUAUUUCUUCUACAUCGAGACAAAGGGGCCUACUCUUGAGGAAAUUGCGCGUAUUUUCGAUGGCGACAGCGCACCGGCCCCAGUCACCCAAGAAGAAACGGAGAAGGAGGCAGCUCUGCAUGUGGACGUCGCGCCCGAGAAAAUGAUUUGA